UGUUUUGAUUCUUGUUAACGGAUGUAUAACGGAUUGGUAUACUGUUAAGUUAUUGUUUUCAUUUCCGGAUACAGUAACAUGUAAAUUCAGUUGCUCUUGGUUUCGUUCGAAGUCCACCGAUCUUGUGUUUCAUAGUUAGAUAAUAUGCCCGCUGCCGACCUAGUAUCACUAGAGCCUAGCAAGCCGUUAAAACCUCCCGUCUAUGGAGUUAGAAAGGGUAAAAGUCGAAAGGAAUUUGCAAAGGUUUUUGUAAAUUCACAGCGGAAUUUAAAGGAAUGGGAUUCCUCGUUUUACCUUGGAGAUCUUGGGCAAGUUGUACGAAACUUACAGAUGUGGACGAAGCACAUGCCUAAAAUCAGACCGUACUACGCCAUGAAGUGCAAUCCCUCACAACCAGUGGUACAACUGCUAGCGUCGUUGGGCGUGGGCUUCGACUGUGCCAGUAAGUUUGAAAUUGAAACGGCUCUAAAAUGCGGAGUGAAACCGGAAGACAUUCUCUUUGCUGUACCAUGCAAGAUGUCUUCCCAUAUUGAAUACGCUUGUCAAACCGGUGUUCAAGUUAUGACUGUUGACAACGCUGACGAACUGCACAAAAUCAAACGGAUUCAUCCUACCGGAAAGUUGCUGUUACGUUUGAAUGUCUGUGAGUUUGAAGAAGGGGUUAGAAUGGGGGACAAAUUCGGCGCAUCAAUGUCAGAUGCCAAAAAGCUCGUAUUAUUGUGCAAAUCGCUCAACUUAAAUUUGAAUGGGAUAUGUUACCAUCCUGGAAGUGGGGUUGAAUCUUUCGAAUGUAUAAUGAGCUGCUUGCAGCAGUGUAAAGAACUCUACGACUUUGCUGCUUCUAAUGGGGUAGAUUUAAAAACUAUUGACAUUGGCGGGGGAUUCCUUUGUGGCGAAAACUUUAUCAAGAUAAGUAAGCAAGUUGCUGCUACUAUUGACCGGUUGUUUCCGCCUGAAACCGGUUUGACAGUCAUUGCUGAACCUGGUAGAUUCAUGAAUGAAAUCGCUGAAAAAUUAGACCCCAAAUCACCCUUGUUUGAGCAGUAUCAACGACUGGAGAAAACCGACGAAGAAAUAAUUUCCAAUGAUGUGUAG